UUUAACCAGGAAAGGAAACUGUGUUUGGUGUGUGUCUUUCUCUGUCUUAGACACUUACUCUUAGUCUUUGAUCUAGAUCUAUAAUCUAGAUAGAUCUAUCUAGAAUCUAAAUACACCCAAUCUAGAGAGGUCUAGGUCUUGUUUAGAAUAAAUAGCGGAGCUUAGAUCUAGUCUGGAAAGAAUUAAAUACUGAUUUAGAAACUAUGAAAAGUUCAGCACUUGUUUUGGAUGUUGAUUUGUGACAAUGGAUCAGCCUAGGUAUCCACCAGAAAUAGUCCAUCUUCCCAUGUAUCAUGCUAACCUACGUAGUCGAGAUGAGGCAAAAGAAUACAUGAGACUCCAUCACAAAGGAGAAGGAAGUUACUUAAUACGUCCUAACACAACUAAUGAUCCAUCAUUUGUCAGUAUCACUGUCAGUAUAACUUCAGAAGGUGAUUGUUGCCAUGCUAAAGUAUACAUACUGAAACAAAAUGAUAGUAACUUGUACUAUAUCUCAGAACGGCAGAAAUUCAGCAUGUUUCAUCAACUUCUGAAAUAUUAUUCAGAACAUAGGAUUCACUGUACCCAGAACAUUGACAACAUAAGGUUGAAGACUGCGCUAGAUGCAGUUCUAGUUACCCAACGUUCAAGAAAUACCUUGAGUGAAAGAUCAAAUAGUUUGACUAAUGGUUCCACAGGGAGGACAAAAAAUGCAAUUCAGCAAGAUGAGUUUGAUACUCAUCCCAGACCUGGCUCUAAUAUUUCUGGACAUUCUCGGCAUAUCAACCAUACCCUGCCCAAACAUCCGAAAAUACCUAGGCAGACAUCUGAGACUGGUUCCUCUCGGGGCCAUUCCAUUAACUCACAAGACAUCCAUCGUUCAAACUCAGAAAGCGCCAUUCCUGUGACUAAGUAUGCCAAUGCUGGUGCUGUGCAGCACAAUGUCAAAAUGCUGAUUAGGUGCUUGCCACCUGCUCCGCUCCCCAAGUUAGAGGUUCCCAACGAUGAUAGUGAUUUCUACUACACCCAUGUAGAUGUCAACAAAAAUUUCUUCCAAGAAACAUACCAGUUUCUCAAGCAGAAUGAAUUGUGUGAGUGUGGGCUCAGGCUUGUAGACUCUGAGUUCCCUCAAGGAUGGACAGUGCACCGCAGUCAGGAAGCCCAGACCAAACACCGGAUAUUUUUCCAGCAUGGGGACGAUACAACUUGGGAAAUGCCUGUUGAAAUUGUACCCCUUCUCUCAAUUGAACAAAUUAAUUUCAUUAUGUAUCUCUGCAAAGAAGGACGAUGCCCAAUUCCAAACUGUUUAAAGCCAAGGAUUGACCAUGAUAUUGUUAAAAGGAAAUAUGGCGUACAGACGUUACCCAACAACUUUGAGUCCACAAUCCCAAAGCUGAAGAUAGACACAAACAAUUUAGAUAGCAGGAAACCAAACAGACUGCAAGAAGAUGCAUUUGAGAGCACUUUGGUUAAGCAGCCGGUCACCACAGGUCGCCCAGUGAGUUUUGACUCUCUUCCGACAAUGGAGAUCAAUCCUAAAGUUGGUCCCCCCACCUCUGGGAUGCAAGACAAUGCAGCAGCUUUUCAAAGGAAGAAGGAAGAUGUUCAGAUGAAACAGCUUCAACAGGAAAUGAAAGGCUUAAAGUUCACUUGAACUCCGCAGAGAGGCUCCAAAACCACCUGUAUAAGUAACAAGAACUAAUGUGUUUAGAGAAUAUAUAUAUUUUUUUGUAACAUAUUAGAAAUGCACAUCAUUAUCCUUCUAAUAACACAUUCUAGGAAUAAUUUCAUUUUAUAUUUAUUGUCCAAAAAAUUGUGUGUUUUUUUUUUAAACUAUUAUAUCAUGUUAAUGUCUGGUGGAAAUCUGAAUUUUAAAUACUUGAGACUACUUAUUUUAAUUUUUGCUGGGAAAAGCUUGGUGGUCCUAGUGCUGUGAUUUUAAUAGGCUUAGAAAUGGCUGAACAUUGUCUGCCAAGACCUUCAGAAAAAUGUAUUAGGAAUAUCUACUUUCAACUUAGGUAGUUAAGAAGUUCCACUUUGAAGUAAAUAAGGAAUGAUGAUGUCGAGCCCACCUCUGGCCAAAGGUCAAUGAGGGUAUUAGGCCAAUGGUCAAUGAUUAUAUGUGGCAAAUGGUCAAAGGGAGUUCGUGGCCGGUACACUGACAUAGUAGUCUAACGUGUCUUACAAAAUCUCUUGCACCCGUUAAUACUAAGUUGACCUAGAAAUGACAUAACAUAAAUAAUGAGCAAAAUAUUAGCUUCCACCUGGAUUUAAAAUCAAGACUGUUUUAACAAGCAAGCACUUCACCACAUACCAUCACUAUUCCUAUAUACAAGUUUAAUUUCAAAGAACACUUAACAUGUAAACAAUGUUGUAUCCUAUGUAUAGUCUAUGCCGUUUUGUAUUUGGGUGUGUGUUUGAGAUCAAUAUAUAUGUAAUAUUCUGGUGUGGCUAAGGCAUGGUAACUAGUUCUACACUGUAUUUGUUUUCACUUUAAUUCCAUGUGCACACUAUAGGCCUACAGAGUUAAUUGUAUUUAUUGUAAUAAUAUUUAUGGGAAAAAUAGUCUCACUAUGCAUGUAAUAAUUGAAUAGUAUGGAUUGUCAAAUGUUGUUUUUUUUAAAAUUUAAAUAUCUAUAUAACAUCUAUAUCUGUAAAAAUCUGUGGGAAUGGAAACAUUUGUUGAUACCGGUUCUUGAAUUGUGCUCAUGGAAAUGAAUUGAUAUAUUUGUUUGUCCUUCUUUAUUUCUCUGGAGUAACUGAACUUUCACUCUUCAUGGUGGUUAAGAAGUUGUCUUCAUAUUUAACAUAUUUUUUUUUCUAUGUUUCAAAACCGGUGUUGAUGUUCUUGUAUUGUUCACAUUAUAAUAAUCCAUGAGACUGUAUCGAGGGAGAUGUUCAAUAUAGAAAGUUUUGUACAUACUCUCUAUUGCAGCAGUAUUUUUUAUGUUAUUCAUUUUGAGUGCCAUGUGACCUUUUUUUCACUCUCGGAGACAACACCCCAGCAGUUCAAAACUGAAAAAAAAAACAACUAAAAUAAACCAAAAAAAAAAAAGUAGCUGUAUAUCAAAUUUACCAGUUGAUGAGUGGAAUUAUUUCCUUUGUGCUUCUAAUGUUAGUGCCUUUAUAAUUUUCAUGAUUAUCUUCCCUGUAAAUGCUUGUCUAGCUUUUCAUUGGCAGCUUUUUUAAAUUAUUAUUUGUGACAAUUGAGCUAAGUUUUUCUUUCUCUAAGUAUCAUCAUAAAACGUUGCUUAGAAACGGUGGGCUCAGCAAACUGGGUAAAAAAAAGUUUGUUUGUUGGUAGUUUGUUAUUUAUUUCAUUUGACUGCCUUGUACCAUUUUUGUUGAACUAAUUUUACUGUAUCUAAUAACAGAGUAACUUUAAUGGAUGUAAUUUCCCUCUCUUCCACUUACUGAUACCUUCUAAAAAAGUCCAUUAGGAAUGUCAGUGCAUCACAUCCCCAUGAUUCCUUUGAACACUGAGAAGGACAAUGGCAGACCUGGAGCUCUUCACUCUUAGUCCUGUCUAAAGCUUUAUAAAUGUAUGUGGUCACUAGUGGGUUGGGUCACACCAUAUACUAGUAUUGACCCCCAGGACUGAACCAGCUAUACUUUACUGAUACAGCUACUUUCAGCCUUUAAGUUUUUAAGAUGGGUGGAGUGAAUGUAUGGUAAAAGCUGUUAGUUUCCAAUAUCUAGGGCCCUGAUGACGGAGGUCAGUUUUUGAGUUGUGUUGCAAGAAUGCCUCUCCUCCAACUUCCUAACACUUGCCCAUCAAUAGGACCUCAGAGCAGAUCACACUGAACUUGCCCAUCAAUAGGACCUCAGAGCAGAUCACACUGAACUUGCCCAUCAAUAGGACCUCAGAGCAGAUCACACUGAACUUGCCCAUCAAUAGGACCUGAGAACAGAUCACACUGAACUUGCCCAUCAAUAGGACCUCUGAGCAGAUCACACUGAACUUUCCCAUCAAUAAGACCUCAGACAGAUCACAAGAAUUUGCCCAUCAAUAGGACCUCUGAGCAGAUCACACUGAACUUGCCCAUCAAUAAGACCUCAGAGCAGAUCACACUGAACUAAUACAAAAUAUGACAGAAUCCAGAAAUGCUACUCUCUAAAUUAUCCUCCUUGUCACCAUUCAUCAAUUACUUGUGUCAGGUUAAGAUCUUCACUAAACAAUUUGUGUCAGGUUAAGAUCUUCACUAAACAAUUUGUGUGAUAUGUUCUUAGUGUCAGCUCCCAUAAAUGUCUCCAUGUCUAUAUUUUUAUCUUGACAAAUUGGCUGUCUUCACAUUUCUGUAAUUAUGACUAUAUCUAAAGCCUUUUCUUUUAACAUUAUCUUUGGAUUGCUCUAACUGGAGGUGGUAUCCUUAGCUUUUGGAGGUUGUAAUCUUUGAGAUUUAAAUCAAUGAUAAACAUCUUUUUUUUUUGGACAUUUAUUAAAUGAGACACUACUUACUUGGAAUAUGUUGAUAUGUUCACUGAUUUGUUAUAACAUUGAUUCUUAUACCGGUACAUGACGCAUAGAUGUCUUUCACAAGCUUGUUGUUUUUUUUUUUAUUUGCAAAGGAAAUGAUUUUGUUUGUAAAUGCCUUAGUUGAUCACUGUGUGUGUCUCACUAUUUGUUGGGGCAAACUCUUCUGAACUCUUGCUCUGUGUAUCUGAUACUUUCAGCUGUUCAUCUUGUUAUUUUAAUGUCUUCUUGAAUAGUUUUUGAGUUUUUGUGUGUGAGAGGCUUUACAUCUCGAAGUUCUCUUUCCAUAUAACAUUACAGCCAUAUGUAGAUAUACAUAUUUAUAUAUAUAUUCCGUCCUGUACAACUUGUAAAUAUCUCAGAUUAUAAAGAUACAUCUACAUUAUCAUACAAAAAAUAUUGUUUAAAGUAAGCACAAAAUAUUAAUAAUAGUAAUCAAAAUAGUAAUAUUUUUUAUAUUGACUUUGCCUUAUAUUAACAUUUUGCUGAGAAUCAAAUAUUUAUAGUGUUUGACUAUUAUCUGGCCACUUUCUGUUAGCGUGUUAUUACUGACUUUCAUUCAUUCAAUUGUGAUGUCUCUAAUCAGGAGCUUUUUAGGGUUAUAUUUAUCCACAAAUUACAUAUAAGCUUUCAUCAUAAAGUUGAGUGCCUUUACAAAUCAUAUGUUUAUAUUAUGUUGAUAUAUGUUUGUUAACAUUUAUCUGCCCAAUUUCUCUUUCAUUGUUGCCAUGUUGUCAUUUUGUAUCCACCAUAAUGUUUGUUUCUGCUAAACCUAAACCUAACUUUAUGUACAUGCUGAGUUCUAUCCUGCCAACUGUAAGCCAGAAUGCCAAAAUACUUUUUGCCAAUGAAUUUUACUUUGACCAAAUGAUUCUGUUGAUCAUUUGAAGUAACAGCUGUAAGCCAACCUGUCCAUUCAUUAUUUAUUAAGCUGAAACACAUCUGCCACUAGAACCCAAAUUGACAUUAAGAUUGACCUCCCUUAGUACAUUUUACAUCAGCCUCUCUUAAGUGGAGGUUUGUAAAUUGUUUUCUUGUAUCUUGCUUACUUGUCAUUAGUAAUAUGAAAUGAAUUAUCUGUAAACACCACCCUUCUUUUUUCAACAUUGAGGAAACUAUCCACAAGCAUGUAGAGAGCAAGGCAUGCAUUCAUGAGACAUUUUAUAUUUAUACGGUUAAUUAUGUGUUAAAUAAGUUUAUAAAGAAAUAUUGAACUAAACAUUUUUUGCAGUUCAUUAAUUAAUUAUUGCCUCACUAAAUCUGGCUCUAGAUCAUGCCUUCUUUAUGCAAUGAAAUUCUCUCAUUUGUACAUAUUUGUUAACUCCCUUGAAAUGUGCAUGUUCAUUAUUUUAACCUUUAAAAUUAAAUAAUCAAAAAUAGAAAAGUAAACACCAAUGAGAAUUAUUUGUUUAAGGUACAACUAAUUCACAUUAAACAGUACAAAGUACAACAAGCUUAAUAUUUUAUCUGUGACACUCUUAUGCAACAUUUUGUUUUCCCCUGUUCAUCUCUUCCUUGGCUAUAUCAAAUUGAGUUGUUUCUGUUGUAACCCGCACUAAUCUGGUUUCUAUAAAUAUUUCUGUCACAAUUUCAUUUUAAUUUGAUGCAAGUGAAUUGAAACUGUCAAGAUGUAAAUAUAAAAGUUCAUGUUAUUGUUGAAUAUUAUCUGGAGAUCUUAAUGGGUUUUUUUUAUCUUUUUUUUUUCAGGGUAUUUUCUACAUUUUUUUUUUAAACAUUCACUAAUUUUUUUUUUCUACAUUUUAUUUUUAAGGAGAUAUGUGCCCAAACUAUGUGCCCAAACUAUGUGCCCAAACUAUGUGCCCAAACUAUGUGCCCAAACUACUUUGCAGUAUCUGACACUAUUUUGUGGACGUCUUUAAUACUAGCUUGUCAAAAUCAUAUUUAUGUUCUUAAAGCAUCUACAUUUUGUCAUCUGUCUAGACUUAUAGUGUACAUUGUGUGUGAGCAAGUGUACAAAUACAAGUAACAUCAAAAAGUGUCUAAAUACAUUAAAUAGAAGAAAGUUUAAAUGUAGAUAAAUCAUUAGAAAUUGUACAAAUAUUACAGUUCAUUAUAUCGAUAAAUUGACAAUCAUUAUGUGCUUAACAACUUUUAUAAUCAUGAUGUCGGAUACAAUAAUGGCAGUAAUAGACAAACCCAACAAAUAUACAUUCCGGUAAUACAUAUUUUAAUAAAUAUUUGUGUUAUUUUGAAUUAUUUUUAUGCCUGUUUGGCAAUUUGAGAAAAAAAAGUUAUAACAACUGAUUUCCUUUCAAUUGUUAUAGUGGUAAUGUUAUAAUAAAUUAUUCUUAAAUUGUUAGAAAAUUACACAUUGUCAGCACAACACAGGAUUUUGUAUUCACUAGAUUGAUACUGAUCAGGGCCAGCUGAUUCUAGAGCCGAGAUUGUCAAAUGCUUGAGAUUGGUGUUAAGGUGACAUAAUGUUAAUGGUGUGGUUUUUAAUUGACACCAUCAGUUUAGGACCUGGUGCUAAUUAAAGUCACAAGAGAUCAGUUCAGCACUAGUCUGCACCACAGAAGAACAAACCAAACCAUCAACUUGACAUAUUUGUCCAAUCCUAGCCGAGUAUUUGACUCUGAAACAUGAAGAAAUAUAUUUUGUAACAUUUCAUAUGAAAUAAUAGAUGAAACUAUUUCUGAAAAUAGAACUUUUUAAAAUCUAAUGCAAAACAAUCAAUGCCUCAAAUCUGGCUCUAGAACAUGCUUCUUUAUGCAAUAGAAUUCUCUCAUCUGUACAUAUUUGCUAACUCCCUUGAAAUGUACAUUUGUUUCAUGGUUAGUCAUAGACUUUCUCAUUGUUUUGGUAUGCUUUAGAUUUUGCAGCCAUCAAUAGCGAGUUUUUGAUUUAGUGCAAGCUCAUUCCAUUAUUUGAAAUAUAAUGACCAAUGUAAAGGGGAACUUUUUUCUUUCUUUCUUUUUUUUUUACUGUGGACAAUUUUGUUUGAAAUUUAUAACUUUUUAUUUUAUGAGGCUAGACACUAAAUGUAUAUUCAUUUGUUGUGAGUUGCUUAAUAAUGAGAUAUUAAUUUUGUUUUUGAUUUACUCUAUUUAUUCAACUUUUGUGUACCUUUUAUUGUUAUUUAAGUAGCAUAAAUAUAUACCAGAGUUAUGGAAAACUCACUCACUAACGAUAUCAUCUAACAUAAGAACAUUGUGGAAGGAAAUAUAUUGAAAACAUAAGCACCACUUUUCAGUCAUUUUUUUGACCAUUUAAAAAUAGCUUAAAGACAGAAUUGACCAAAACAGUUUUUGAUAAGUAGUUCAAGGGAUAAAGGUAACCCUUUCAGACCUUGCAAUCCAUGCCUGGUACCUAUUAGAGUAGGCUGGACUCAGGGGUGUCCUAAAAAUCCUGAAAUAAAAUCCCAGUCUUCAGCUGAUUGGAACUUGAAACCCCUCAUAAGGAAGCCAAGUACUUUACUACUUAGCAACCACUGGUCUUUAGCAGAAAAAAAAUGUAUUUGAAAGUAAUGAGUCUAAUUAGGUUCCUAUUUUAUUAAGAACUUGAUUUACAGGGACUUUCUAUGUAAACUUUGGGAACAUUUUCAAUGUAUCCAGAGGUGAUCACUUCUUGGCCUAGAUUUAGUUCAUAUUUUCCAUUCUAUUGGUUGAAAUCUGUUUGCGUUCUUUAUAUUGGAUUUAAACUUUGAUGUUAACUUAAUGAAAGUUUUUGUUCAUGCUUGCACUGUCACCACAGAGAAUUAAUAAAUGUUGGAUCACAACUACACAUUUCA